AUGGAACAUGAACCACAAACACAAACAUAUACAGAGGAAUCCAACAUUGGAUGUAGUAGCAGUAGUAUAAGUAGUGCUGGUUCUGAUGCUUCGUCAUCAACAAUAGUUGGUGAUAGCCAACCUCUUAAAAUUAAUAAUCAACAAUGGCAUCAACUACAAGUGGAGGCUGAUGUUGGACCAUCCACAGCAUCACCAUCUGCCGUCGUCGUCGAGGGCGAGUUAGUCAAACAAGGACACAUCUUCAAAAGUUGGCGAACUAGAUGGUUCAAAAUAGAGGCAUCACAUCUACUUUACUUCAAGUCAAAGAAUGACACUGAACCAAUUGAUAGGAUACCAUUGAGGGGCAGUAGAGUGUCAAAGAAACCAUUCCAUGAGAAACAGUUCUGCUUUGAAUUGAUGGCUGUGACUAUGAAGAAGGUGUUCUUACUUCAGGCCAAGAAUGCAAAGGAUGUUGAUUAUUGGAUGAAUGAAUUGGAUCGGGCCAGUCAGAUGGCUUCAUCAUCAAGAUCACCCUCAAGAUCACCAUCGCCCUCGCAAUCACAGCCUCAAUCUCCAAUUCUACUCAGCAGUACCUCAAGCAUCACCAACAACCAAUCCUAA